CUGGUAGCCAAACUUCGCUUCUCGGCCGUCCUGGGAUUCGUGGCUGGGACCUGCACAGGGAUAUACGCCGCUCAGAACUAUGCUGUCCCCAAUGUUGAAAAGACAAUCCGGGACUAUUUGAGCUCUCUGAAAAAAGGGUGGGAGUCUGUCUGACCUCUCUGCACUGAUAGCAGCUCGCCCUCGCUGGCUACUGCCUGAAAAUGGUGAUGUUUGGUAAUGCUGCUGGCUCUGCAAACCGGGUGCUCCGGAGGGGGCUGUGGGGACUGAUGCUGGUCUUAUCUGUAGCCAUAUACGGCUCUCAUGCUCCCCUCCUGACCCUGUGCAAGGUCGACGGGAUGAUCCCCUUCAGCUCCGCCUCCGUCGUGGUUCUCGUUGAGCUGACAAAACUGGUCUUCUCCCUCCUGUUCCUGCUGACCUGGGACCGGGAGCUGUUGGGAGUCGCCAUGUCGUGGCGCCACGUUGCCCCCUUCGCCCUCUCUGCCCUGCUCUAUGCUGCUAACAACAACCUGGUGGUUCACAUGCAGCUCUUCAUGGAUCCCAGCACCUACCAGGUCUUGAGUAACUUGAAGAUCGUCAGCACCGCGCUCCUCUACAGCCUCUUCCUGCGCCAAAGACUCAGCAUGCGCAAAUGGCUGGCUCUCUUCCUGCUGGUGGCUGCUGGGGUGAGCUACAGCUGUGGCGGCCUGCAGGACCCUGGCAGCCCCUCCGUGAUGCGGCUGCACAUCACGCUGGUGGGCUUGUUGCUGAUCUCGGUGUACUGCCUGAUCUCGGGCUUGUCUGCUGUCUACACGGAAGCCAUCCUGAAAACUCAGGCGCUGCCUCUCAGCCUUCAGAACCUCUUCCUUUACUUCUUUGGGGUCCUGCUCAACUUGAUCGGCUACUUCUGGAGCAGCACAGAGGGCGGUUUCUUGGAGGGCUUCUCCUCCUGGGUGCUGGUGAUUGCGGUCAGUCAGGCCAUCAACGGUUUGAUCAUGUCCGUGGUCAUGAAGCACAGCAGUAACAUCACCAGGCUCUUCGUGAUCUCCUGCUCUAUCCUGGUCAACGCCUUCCUGUCCGUCACCCUCUUCAACCUGCAGCUCACCCUCCUCUUCUUCGUUGCCGUCUCAUGCAUUGGCCUCGCUGUUCACUUGUACUAUGGGGUCACGUAGCUGCUGCCUUCCUGCCCUGCGUGCGUCGGGGCAGGCUUUAGUCGUUCCUCAGGGGUGUUUAGUGCUUGUGCUGGGGCUGGCGUUGGAAGCACAGCGGUGUUCUGCUCCCUGCCCUGCUGUUUGCAGGGAGUCGUUACUGGUGGGCACAUGCAAGACUAGCGGGGUCUCCUGGAGGAGGUGUGCUGAGGGGGAGGGUGCCCUGUCCCUGUGUCCAGGGGGGAAGCUGGACCCUAUCCCAGCCUGGCCGGGCUCUGUGCCACGGGACUCCUGUGCAAUUGCAUGAGCCCAGCCUGGAGGGUGAGUCCCGAGUGCCUCGUUCAUGUGACGUAUCGCGUUCUCGAGCUGCUUCCCCCAUCUUCCCCACACCAAAGGGCGCACACAUUUCUCGUGCCUGUCAAUGCUGCUGCAGUGGUGAGCUCCGCCGUGCUGCGGGCUCUGCGCGCGGGCAGCCCUGCUGCACAGUCACUGCCAGGCCAGCCUUGGUCUGAAGCACCCCGUGGAUGGUGCUUCCCCGUGGCAGGGCGGCCACGUCCAUCCAACGUGUCCAGCUGACGCCCAGCCCUUGGCUUCAGGGGAGUCUUGGCGCUGUGGGCGGUGACUCCCACUGGCCUGUGACCUCUCGGAGCCCCUGGUGAGGUGGGGAAGAGGGUUCUCCCUCCAGGUCUCUAGAGGUACGAGCCCUUGGCACGGGGCUGGGUGCCGCUGCCUGGAGAGCCGCAUGCCACAGCCAGAGGUGUUUCUCCCACCGCUUGCCCCAGCCCCUGGCUCAAGGGCUGCUCUCCUCUCAAACAUGGUGUUGUUGCUCGGAGUAGAGCAGAUGGGGGACUAGAGGGAUGUGGAAACUGUUUCAUCUGGUCCCCAAAAGGGAGACAGCACCCAAAUUUGUACCGGUGCUGUGGCUAGCGAGUUCCCGGCAGGCAGAAGUCGCUGCUGGCUGUGGCUGGGGUUAUUAAAGUUGUGGUUG